AUGCCGCCUUCACGCCGCAGGUACGCCGCGCGCCUCUUUGAGCGCGAGAUCGACGAGGACCUGCAGCCCGCCCUCUCCACCUUCGUGACGAUCGAGGCGCACGCCCUCGAGGCCAUCCGCGCGCUCUCGCCCUUGGCCGCCGCCUUCCGCUCCGUGUGCGGCGAGCCCGCCUUGCCGCAGCUGCAGCAGCUCUGCGCCAACCUCUCGGCUGGCUGGUGCACGCAGCUCGAGGCGCUGCUCGCCGAGUCCAUCGGGCGCGCCUCGUGGGAGCCAAUCUCGGGGGGGCGGCCGGCGGUGCUGCGCUCCUCGUCGGUGGUCGACCUCUUCACCCAGCUCGACCAGCUCUGCGACGUCUUCAUCAGCUUCGCCAGCCUGCAGCCCCUCCAGCCCGCCGACCUGCGCGCCUUCACCGACGUCGUCGAGCGCAAGCUCUGCCUGCGGCUCAACAACUGUGCGUGGGCGCGCGAGCAGCUGGGCAAGCUCGCGAGCAAACUGGUUGCAUCGCUGCCAGACCUGACCGCCCUCGCCCGCACGCGCGUCGGCGGCGGCGGCGUCGACACGCUGAUGGCGGGAGGGGCGUCGCAGUGCGACGCGGCGUGCGACGCCAUCGCAAAGUACGUCGCGCGCAAGGUCGUCUACUACGAGCUCGGCUCCGCCUUCCUCACGCAGCUCUACCUGCCGUCGCCGCUCGAUCCCGCCUCGCGCCUCGCGCCGCUGCUGACGCGCCUCAACCCCACCCUCGCCGCCAUCGUGCGCGGCGUCGCGCUCGCCGCCUGGUCAAAGCAGGCGCUGCUCGCCGUGCUCGGCACCUUUAGCCUGGCGCUCACCGCGGUGCUCGAGGCGCCCAACCGGAGAUACGCGCCGGCGCACCGCACCGUGUUGCUGCAGGACGUGCAGCGGCUGGCCGACUUCUUCAUGGACGGCGGCCUGCUCGACGAGCAGGUGGUGGCCGGCUCCGUGUCGCCGCUCCGCGCGCUGGUCGAGGCGUCUUACGUGUAA